GUUCAAGAUGCAAAGCAUGCAGCAAAGACAGCCCAUAAUCAGUUGAUGACUGGGGCUCAUUGUGUCACACUUGGACCAGAUCCUAUGAACUAUGAGUGGUUACUUGAGCUAACAUCACAGGAUGCUCCACUACUCCACCAUGAUGUUCAAAACUUAGAUUGUCAAGAUGACAACACUGCAGCACAACUCUAUGCUGCCAAGAUGCUCAAGUACAUAGGCAAACACAUGAAAUCAGCAUCGCUUAGUAGCUAUUUAUUCAUUACUGGCAAGCUGAUUGAUGCCUGGCAAAACCAGUUGCUCACUCAUGCUAAUUGCUUACUACUUGCCUUAUGGUGCUGCUACUUCCUAGGCUAUUGGUGGCAACAUAUACUGUUGGAAACCACCUUGGCCUAG